AUGGAUAUAAAACAAUCAAAACACAUACAACAAAAAUCAACAGAUUUGGAAAACAAAAAAACUAAUUUAAAUUCAUCACCAGAUGUAAAGGUUUUCGAAAAAUCUGAAAAAUCAUUGGUAACCAAACCUUUUAAUGGUAAGAAAUUGGUUGCAACACCAAUCGAUAGAAUUGCUUCCGUACCACAAUGGGUGUUCCUCAAGUGUAAGCAAACCGAUGUCAAUGGCAAUCCGAUGGUGCUGAACGUGCAGGGCAAACAAGCGGUAUCGGGAACACAGUGUAUCACAUGGCCAUACCAAUCUAACGCCGAGAAUGAAAUGUUCCAACUGACAAUGGAUGGCAGAAUCAUAUCGCAGCUCGGUCAGAAUCUAGUGGUUGGACUCGGUGAUCAGCUUGACUGGGGUGGAUUCGAGUGUGUCAUCGACACCUACAAUAACUCUCUCAGCCAAUUCUGGAAUGCCAACUUGGUCGAUAGCCAAGAUAUCACCGCCGGUUUCUAUCUUACCAACGGUAACAAUCAAUUCGGUCUCGGUCUGGACGGUGGACAGAUCUCGCCUGUACAACCGGCAAACAGUACCAAGGUGAUUGUGGCUCCUGGUAACAACAACCUGUCGUAUGUCUGGCAAAUGGUUCCUUCGCUUCCACUGAACUUUGUCAUCAUGCAACCGGCAGUCGCUUUCCCUGCUUACGACCAAGGCGAUGACCUGCAAACUUCCUACCAGGAUAUGUGCAGCGCCUGUGGUGUACCAGAUCUACGUCAGGAAUACAGCAACCUUUCCGUUUCGCUCAUUUCCUACCAAUCGAUAAUCAACCAGAUGCAAGUGCCAGGAAACGUUUCGAAUGCCGCCGAUUUCUAUCAAGUAAGAAACCAACUCAACAAAGAACUUACGUACUGCCAAUCUGUCAUCAACUUAUUCUCCAACUAUGAAGGUUUUCACAACUCCCUGUUCAUCGAUAAAGGAUUCCGUUUGCAGAGUCUUUGCACUCUCGCCGGUAUAGAACAACAAUCAGAACUCAGCUUGGGUAUCUGUAUAUUAAAUUUCUUCUCUGGCCUGGUUUAUACCGUACUCUCGGCGAUGUCCUCUGAAACUCCUUUCCUCGGUAUUUUGGCCAAUUUGAUCAAUACCGCUGUCAGUAUCGGUGUGGCAGCGGAAUCUUCCGAGAAUUCAAUCAGUCCAGAUCCAUUCCAAUUGCAAAUCUCCAAGCUCUGGGAAACCCUCAGUGAUAACUUUGUUUACCUCUUGGGAAAUGUCGAGAACAUGGAAGCUACCAUUCUUCAAGACUGGGGAAUGCUUCAAGCGGUCAACAAAUUGAUUCUCCUACCAGUUGACGAUCCCAACUCGCUCAAUUGGCAACCGACUUUCGACUCUCAGUUCAUCUCCAGCAGUCAGAACGGCUAUGACAUAUCGGUACUCCAAAUGCUGCUUCCCUCCAAGUAUACUAUCUACACAGUUCUUGGCUUUGCCGGUGGUGCCGGUGGAAUCCCAGACAGUUGCUACCUACAAGAAGAGCUAUCGGAUGGAUCCUAUAAUCUUUAUUAUAUCGCCGACCGUGACGAUAAUUCAAAGUUCCCGAGUGACGAUCUCAUGAACAAGCUUUGGAUCGAUCUCUCGGUUUCGAAAGAUGAUUUUUUCAAGAAUAACAAUGGUUGGAGUUUCGCCGUUGCCACACAACCGAGCUACUACGACUGCGUAGUGUCCGUCACCAACUCCACUCAGAACCCAUUGUCGUUCACCGUUGACGUUGGCUCUGGUCCAGGAACAAUCUAUAAUACCACACCAUACAAUUCGACAAUGUGCAAUGUGUAUGGUUUCUGGCCAGCCAACACCGACUUUGUGCUCAACGUCACAGACGACACCAACAACCGAGAAGUCGGUUAUUUCGUUUGCAAAUUGAGAACUAAACUCGAUAAGGGUAGCUACGUCGAGAUGGAUAGCUACCAACUCAAGAAGGGCUAUAUGUUGUUGGGUCCAAAUUUCAAUGAAGGAAGUUGGGCAGGAAGUUAUACAGCCUCCAUUCAAUUCACGAUCUUAUUAGAUCCAAAUGUUUAA